UCCCACCUUCUUUCUCUCACAUUUUCCUCCCUUGUUCUCGUCAACCCUUCUUAUUAAAAAUUAAAGAAAAUUAAAACAUAUUUCUAAUUAAUCUUUUUUAAUUGAAUAAUACACAAUUUACAGCCUAGAAAAAAAAGAAAAGAAAAGAAAAGAAAGAUGGGAGCUUGUGCCACUAAGCCAAAGGUUCUGAAGGCGGAGGCCGGCGAGGCUCCGGCACCGGCGCCGGAGCCUUCUCCGGAGGAGGUGGCGGCCGGAACUAAACCGGAGAAUGUCGGCGAUGGCAAGGCCACGGAGAUCGUCGAUGAUGACAAGGUGGAUUCUAAGUCACGUUCUUUAAGUCAUUUGUUCACUGAUCAGAAGGAAGGUAAGAAGGAGUCCAAUGAAAAGGAGAAGACAGAAGAUGAAAAUCCACCGGAGAAGCAAGACACCACCCCACCGGAAACUGCAAAGCAAAUAAUAAAACCACCGCCGGAGGAGAAGCCGUCAGAAAACAACCCACCGGAGCCGGAGCCACCAGUUUCCGACUCUGUUACAGAAAACAAGAAAUCAAUCGAAAGCCCAAAUGAGUCAAACAAAGAAGAUGACCCAAAAAUUGAAGAACCAAUUGAAGACAAAAUCAAAAAGGAAGUUACCAAAGAAAAUGAUCUUCCUCCUGAAAAGACAGAGUCAUCGGAGAAACCAACCGAAACAGAGAAAGAAGUUAAGGUAAUUAGCAAUUAAGAAAUUAAAAUUAUUAUAAUAAAAAAUCCCUUAAUUAAUUAGCAGAGGAACCAAGAUCGAAUUGUUUCAUUUUCAUCCUCUUUUUUUGGUUGUUAUGGGGGAAAAAUACACACCUUCUGCCUUCUUUACUUCUCUUAACUACUUUUUUCUGGUUGUUUGUGUUUCUGUUUUCAUAAGCCAAAGAGAUUACUUUUAAGAAACAUAUAUAAUUAAAUUUAUCAUUAACCAU